AACUUCUAAUGAAGUAUUGAUUUUUGGAUCAACCCAGAUAAUAAAUAUAUUUAGAAUUAUGCAUAGGACAAACAAUUGCAGUAAAUUUUAAGUGAAAAUAUUAAUAAUUUUCUAUAUAAGAUAAAUAAUUAUUAUUGACAAUUAUUUAUGUCUAAUAAAUGUCUUAUAGGUACAUAAAUUUAGUUUCUGUACGUGUUACUUAAAAAUAAAAAUAACUUAUUUGGACUAGUGAAAUAUAAACAGUUAAAAGUUCGUAAUGUUAAAAUAAUUUUGAUGGUUACAACAUCUAAACAUGAGUUCUCGACUUAAUUUAUAUACCGUUGAGGUAGGUGAUACUAAUUUCACCAUCUUAAGCCGUUAUCAAAAUUUAAGACCGAUCGGCUCCGGGGCACAAGGCAUAGUUUGUGCUGCAUAUGAUACAAUUACUGAACAAAACGUUGCGAUUAAAAAACUUUCACGUCCAUUCCAAAAUGUUACUCAUGCUAAGAGGGCUUAUAGAGAAUUUAAACUAAUGAAAUUAGUAAAUCAUAAAAAUAUUAUUGGAUUACUUAAUGCAUUUACACCUCAACGUAACUUGGAUGAUUUUCAAGAUGUUUAUCUCGUAAUGGAACUAAUGGACGCUAAUUUAUGUCAAGUAAUUCAAAUGGAUCUCGACCAUGAUAGAAUGUCAUACCUACUUUACCAAAUGCUCUGUGGUAUAAAACAUCUUCAUUCUGCUGGAAUAAUUCAUAGGGAUUUAAAACCAUCCAAUAUAGUUGUCAAAGCUGAUUGUACUUUGAAGAUUCUAGAUUUUGGACUGGCAAGGACAGCUGGUACUACUUUUAUGAUGACGCCCUAUGUUGUAACACGUUAUUAUCGGGCACCAGAAGUAAUUUUAGGAAUGGGAUAUAAGGAAAAUGUCGAUAUUUGGUCUGUUGGAUGUAUAAUGGGCGAAAUGAUUCGAGGAGGUGUACUAUUUCCUGGUACCGAUCACAUUGAUCAAUGGAACAAAAUAAUUGAACAACUUGGAACACCAUCAACUUCUUUCAUGCAAAGACUACAGCCUACUGUGAGAAAUUAUGUUGAAAAUAGACCUCGUUAUUCAGGCUAUUCCUUUGAUAGAUUGUUUCCAGAUGUUCUAUUUCCCAGUGACAACAAUGAACAAAGUAGAAGAAAAGCCGCUGAAGCAAGAGAUUUAUUAAGCAAAAUGCUCGUAAUUGAUCCUGAACAACGUAUAUCGGUAGAACAGGCUUUAUUGCACAGUUAUAUACAUGUCUGGUAUGACAAUGAGGAAGUUAAUGCUCCUGCUCCAGAGCCGUACGAUCACAGCGUGGAUGAACGAGAGCACACUGUUGAACAAUGGAAAGAACUUAUAUAUGAAGAAGUCAUGGAUUAUGAAGCACAUACAAGUAAUACCAACUCAGGAUCUACAAAUGUGCGGUAGAAUGUACUUUUUGUGUUAUUUUACAGUGAAAAGCUUUUAAUAUACAACUUUUAAUGUAUAUAAAAUUCAAUUGCAAUAAAAGCACAUAUUAACUUA